AGGUGCUGCCCCGAUGUCCCCGGCGCGCCCGAGGCGCUGCACCUGCCCGGGAGGGGGGCAGUGCCCGCUGGUGCCACCCCUCCCUGCCCCCGGGAACGAGGAAGCAGGUCCAGCCACCUUCAGCCAUUACUCGGCAGCGUAGAUCCCCACUAGCACCACGAGCUGCGUUCUCAGGUCCACACCUUGCAAGGGAGUGGGGUGCUGGCUUUGGACAUGCCUGGGGGGACAGGAGGGCUGCCUGUGCUGCUACUGAGCCUUGCUGUGCUGGAUCUCACGCUGGAGACCAUGGCACUGCUGUCCAACACCAGCUCAAGCACUGUAGCCACCCUCCCUCCCUCCAGUCCUGCAACCUCCACCCCAGAGAUGCCAAUGGAUGCCUUCACAACCAAUGGUGCUGCACUUCAGGAGAGCAGCCCAGCAGCCUCCAGCAUCACCACAGCACAGGAGAGGGGCAGCACAGCCCACAGCACUACUGGGUCGCCUGGGCUGGGGCUCACCACUGGCACGCCAAAAGGGGUGGGGCUCACCACUGGCACCCCAGCUCCAACCUUCAUGCCCAUAACACCCGACUGUCCCAAGACAACCAAUGUCCCGUCGGUGGGGACCAGCACAGCCCUGGCUCUGAGCUCAUUUGGAGUUGAAAUGAGCACUCUACCUCCCCCCACCUCUACUCCUCUCUCCUCCACCUGGGUGGGCACCACACUUGGCACCAGCACCCACCAAGGGCCAGCCACAACCAUGCUUGACAGCACAUCCCCGGGGAGCGGCAGCACCUCUUCUGCCACCACACCAGAACUGACAGACACUUUGAAGAAGCCCUUGAUGACCCCAUCAGACACCACAGCCUCCCUCAUUACUAGCACAGUGGCCGCCAAGCGCACCCCUGCCCCCAGCCAGCCUGUCAUGGCCACAGCCAGGACCACCCUUGGUACCUCCACCCUGGCAGCACCCGAGACUCCCAGUGCCAUUGCAGAGACAACUGCCAUGGGUGUGACAGCAACCACAUCCCCAUCUCCCCCCACCUCCUCAAUAUCUAUGGAGACCUCGGCACAGCUGCCCACCACUGACUCCACCACUGCAGCCACCCUCUCUCCCUCCAGCCCUGAAACAGAAGCUUCCACCCCAGAGAGGUCCAGCACAUCCCCAGGGACUGGCAGCACCCCAACUCCCACCACGCCUCCUCCCACAACAACAGCUACUUCAUCUGAGCCCUUGACAACCCUGGCAAACACCACGGCCAGCCCUGUUACCAGCACGGAGGUCCCCCUGAGCACCCCCUCUCCCAGCCACCCGGCCAGGACCACAUCCAGGACUACCCCUGACAUCUUCCCCCCAACUAUGGAGUCGACUCCAGGCAUUGAGUUCUCUUUCCCCACCACAAACUCGACCCAGACCUCAGAGGUUACCCACAGCACCCCUGCAGACCUGCCAAUGCCGCCGCCCGUCUGCCCCACUGGCUCGUCCAAUACCAGUGCAUCUCGCCUCUUCCUGUCGCUGCGGCUAAGCACCCCCCUGGACCUGGGCAACAGCACGGUGCAGGAGCUGGUGUUGUCCAAGCUCCAUGAGGACCUGCAGACAGCAUUCCCGUGUGCUGGCCUGUCACUGGAAUGGCGAGGGAAGAGGAGCCCUUGACCACCGCCCCUUGCCCUGCCAGCUCCCACACGUAGUGGCAAACCAUCUGCUCCUGGCUCCUUACUCCAUGGCAGUGCAGCCCCUUGGGGUAACCUGCACAGCUCCUUUUGAACUUGGGGCUCCCCGUCCUUCCCUGUGCACACCCUGGGCCCCCCAUGGGCUGCAGUGCCCCUGCCCCUUCCCACAACCUGUCUGUAAAGCCCAAGACCUCCCACCACCCUGCUCCAGACCUGGCUCCUGUGGUGGGACCCCUUCCAGCACUGCCAGAGGGCUGGGAGGAGGGGACCCCAUGGGACUGGGCUUUUACAACUGAGACUGUGCUGGCUCAGCCAUCAGAGCCGCCCUGGGGACUGAUGGAUGCGAGGAAGGAGAGACCUGGAGCCCCCAGUACUGCUGUGCCCAAGGCUCACCUGCGGUAUUGCUGACAGAGGAGCACGCCCAUGCCAGCAUGGGCUGGGCAGUAAAUAGAAACUCCAUACUUUCUGUGU